AGUCUGACUCGGAUGAAGAUUCCCGUGAUGUGGUCACAGACUCGCGUCAGCUCGGACGUCACUCGCGACACGCGGAUCUUCGUGACAGUCUGCUCUGCCGGUGUGAGGACGCGCCUUCGGCUCCAUAAUAAGUGUUUCUGUAGAUACAGCGGUUCGUGAGCGGCGCGUCUGUGAAAUGAUCGGUACGACGUUCAGCCGAUCCCCUGCUCGGUCCGUUCAUCAAUCAACUGUUAGCUGAAAGAUUAAGCAGGCAGAGAUUACCAAUAAAGUCAUGCAGCGGAUCAACUUUUGUUUCGAACAGGGAUAUAAUACAAACUGACGUGUAAGUUUCUUUUUUUCAGGGUCCUGAGCGAAGAGCUGUCUAGUUCUGAGCCAACAGUCAUUUCAAUUGCCAGUGUUGAAGAAUAUGCAUCAUUAAAUGUGAAGUACUUCGCCUCUGGGCAGUGCCACAUGCAGAAUGAUGUGUUUGCUUCAUCCAGUCAUGCGCCAAUGGAAAUGAAAGACUUUAUAAUGUCACCUGUCUUAUUUAUGGACCCAUUCCACCUCAUGCUCUGGAGACUUUGACCCUAAAAGUGACAGAGAAAGCUGCUUUUGGGGGUGUCCACUUUUUUUUCCUGAUUUAUUUAUUUUCUUCUUAAAAACAAACCACUUUUUCAUUUUGUAAAAAUGGGCCCUUUUAUGUCUCCUUUCAAUAAUCUGCUUUGCAUGCUGUUGGGCAUCUCUUUCACUGUCUGGUUUACACUGCUCUUGGUCUUCAUCAUUGUUCCUGCCAUUUUCGGUCUGUCCUUCGGUAUUCGCAGCCUCUACAUGAAGAUGCUGCUCAAGGUGUUUAAGUGGGCCACAGUGAGGAUGGAAAGAGGAGCCAAGGAGAAGAACCAUCUACUGUACAAGCCUUACAGUCUUAAUGGCAUUAUUGCUAAAGAACCUACAUCGCUGGAAGAGGAGCUCAAAGAGAUUCGGCGAAAUGGCAGCAGCCAAGAUUUGGAUGGCUCCGCCUCCACCACUACAGGCCCCUCCCCUUCCUCAUCAGAGUUCGAGAUGUCAGACACCUUCUACUUCUGCCGGCGUGGGAUUGAAAGCAUCGUAGACGACGAGGUUACCAAACGUUUCACGGCAGAGGAGCUUGAGUCGUGGAACCUGCUGACCAGGAGCAACUAUAACUUCAAUCACAUUAGCACCAGACUGACGGUGCUGUGGGGUCUCGGCGUUGUCAUUCGUUAUGGGUUCCUGCUGCCUCUCAGGUUAACAUUAGCAAUCACAGGAGUGAGCCUAUUGGUCGUCUUCACCACCAUGAUUGGUUUUCUGCCCAAUGGGAGGGUGAAAAAUUUUCUCAGUGAGAAAGUGCACCUGAUGUGUUACCGUAUCUGUGUGAGAGGACUGACUGCUAUCAUCACAUACCAUCACAGUGAAAAUAAACCCAAGAAUGGAGGCAUCUGUGUCGCCAACCACACGUCACCCAUUGACACCAUUAUACUGGCCAGUGACGGAUGCUAUGCAAUGGUGGGUCAGAUCCAUGGGGGCCUGAUGGGGCUCAUUCAGAAGUCUAUGGUCAAAGCUUGUCCACACAUUUGGUUCGAGCGCUCAGAAGUCAAAGAUCGACAUCUAGUGGCUAGAAGAUUGAGCGAUCACGUAAAAGACAAAAGCAAACUACCCAUCCUCAUAUUCCCUGAAGGAACCUGCAUUAAUAAUACAUCGGUCAUGAUGUUCAAGAAAGGAAGCUUUGAAAUUGGCUCAACUGUGUACCCCGUCGCCAUAAAGUAUGACCCUCGGUUCGGGGAUGCCUUCUGGAACAGCAGUAAGUUUGGGAUGGUAAAUUAUCUGCUCAGGAUGAUGAGUAGCUGGGCCAUCGUCUGCAGCGUGUGGUAUCUGCCUCCGAUGAGCCGUCAGGAAGGUGAGGAUGCAGUGCAGUUUGCUAACAGAGUAAAGGCAGCCAUUGCCAGACAGGGUGGUCUGGUGGACCUGCUGUGGGACGGUGGGUUGAAACGUGGAAAAGUGAAAGACACUUUCAAAGAGGAGCAACAAAAACUCUACAGCAAGAUUUUGGUUGGAACGCAAGAGGACCGCAGUCGUUCUUGAGAAGAGGAAGAUUGAAUCAGGUGAGGACCUGGAUGGAGGCCUAGAGACGAUUCUGACACAUGGACAACCAUGUUAUGAUAUUGUUUCACAUCACGUAGCAAGAACUGUCCUUGUUUAAUUGUUCAUCUUUUUGAAAGGACCAUAGCUUGUCCAGUGUUUGGUCAGAUCGUGAUCAAAACACCAUGAGACAUGUUUUGAUGAGUUGACCGAAGUCAAUGUAGCGUGAUUCGGUCUGUAGUGGCCAAGUUACCCUUGAGGAGUCACAAGCAGUUUAAUGGUUCCUUUCUCUUUUUUUAAUUCGUUAUGGUUUCUUUUUCUUUUAUUAUCAUUUGCUCUUAACGUGUCAUUAGGACGCAGUAAACUAUUAAAUUUGAUGGCCAUGUAUGUUUGACGGAAACGCCUCAUCAGGCUGCACGUAGGUGUCCGAAGGCAUUUCCAUCUGUCUGCUACACUUCUGCUGCGUGAACCACUUUAAUCCUGGAUUUUAACAGGAGAAAACAGCAGAAAUAUGCAUGAAAAUCUUGCAGUUUAUUUUGAGGACAUCAAGUUUAUCCUGACCUUUGCAGAUUAAUAAUCUGCAUUAAUUUUUCUAAAUACCUCUGGAUAAACAAUCAAACCUGUGUGAAGGGUUUGAGAAGAAUUUGUUAGAUAUUAGGUUAUUUGUCCAUGUCCAUUCGGGAGUCAAAUCAUAUGAGUCUUAAUGACAUUGGUCAAGUGAUGGCCAAUUGAAAACUCUGUGAAGUGUUGCUCAGGAACUGCACACAGUCAAAUUACAACCAUUACUUGUGUCCAACAACACUAUGCAGCAUGUACUGUAUAUACUGUAGGUAACCAGUGUUUCCUUGGAUUAUUAUUUUUUUUAUAUCGAUUAACCAACCUAAAACUUGUUAAACAAUAACACAUUUUUUUCAACGUGUCAGUUACAUUUUAUUAUUAUUUAAAAAUAAAAAUCAAUCACAACAAACUCUGAAAUUCUCAUUUUCAAAAAACUGCAAACAGCACAGUUAUGAGUUCUGGGCUCAUUUUGAGGUCAAAGAUAAUAUGAUACGAUUAAAUCUGAUGAUUUUGUCUCUUCAGACCAAUGCAAACAAGCUGAAUGAGCAUUAAAAUUCACUCUCUGGUAGUAGAUGCCAUGUUUUACAUGUAAAAUGUCAAUUGCUUAUGUUACAGAUGCAUCAGUUGCCGUUCAUUCAAAUGAAAAUGUUUAUUGCUCUGAAUUUUUACACAGAGCCAUUAGUCUUAAACUGGAUGACAGACCUCAAACUAAAAAAUGCAUAUGUAUGCAACUAACUAGCUCUAAAACGAAAACACUAAAGGGCUCAUAAUGAAGCAGAAUCAAAACAUUGUAUUUUCACAUGCUCUGUAAACAGAAUACUGUGUCUGGAAUCACAUACUCUCUGAAUAGGCACUUAUUUUGCAUAAGUAAUUAAUUUGUAACUACUAAAAUGUGUUUUACAUUGUGUUCUAUAGUAUGAAAGUGUGUUGUAUGAAGGAAAUCCAGAUUUAAUUCAUGUAUUGUUGUCAUUGUCAUUUGCACGUCAGUUGCCUUACUGUUCACAAAUCCUGUCCCAUGGCAUUAUCUGGAUUCUUUUCGCCUACUAUUCUGUGAAUACUGUGAUGUUCUAGUCGAACUGUUUUUCACCUACUAUAUAGUAAAGAAGGUGUGCACCAAGGGUCUUUCAUUUCAAGGCUAUGUUUGGUUACAACCACUUACAAAUAAGAACAACGUUAGCUUUUUGACUACAAAUGUAAGGUUAGUUACUGAGGGAUAAGGGAUAGUUCACCCAAAAAUAAAAACUGUCAUUAAUUAUUCACCCUCAUGUCCUUCCAAACCCAUAACACUGUUUCCUAAGUACACGCGACGCAACAAGAUUCCGGCGUCAAGCAAUUUGUGUGUCCACACCGACACGUGACAAUAUCACAGAAUCAAUCAAACCAAAAUAUCACAGCCAAUCAGAAGCGGGCGUGGGCGGGCUCUCUCCAGAAGCACAAUCAAAUGGAUGUUUAUAAUCUAAUUCAUAAAUAUUAAACCUUUUUACCAUUUUUAAAUGUACAUACUAAGUGACUGAUACCAUCUUUAUGGAAUACACUUGUUGGUUCGCAUUGAUUUAAUGUACAUCUUUGUUUUAAUAUAUUUUUUAGAUCUAAGGUAAACUAUGUUGUUGUUUUCAGUGUGGCUAUAAGGCUACGCAAUAUGAUAUUCAAACUCACAUUAGACAGGUUUAACUUUAAAUAAAGUACAAAAUCACCUGAGAGUUAUCUACUUUCAUUUAGUUUGUAUGCUGUUACUCUGGCUGCGAUAUCGCGGAAAUAAAAACCAUUUCUAAAACAGAAUAGUUGGGCGAUAGUUGAUAUAAAGCCGAUAUGAUUUUUAAAAUUAUUAUUAUUAAAAUUUAAGAAAUUUGAAAUAAUUUGACAAUGGAUUAAAAAAAAUAAUGUGUAGAAGGAACAUGCUUAUACUUUAGAUAACAGUAUUUUUCACAAAUAAAUAAAUAUUUUAUAAAAAUAUAUUUAAAAAGAAAGUAAACACUUCAACCAACAGGGCACUCAGUAUUCUGGGAAGAUUUGUGCAUUGGGAAUCAUAUUUUUCAAAUAAAGCCAGGGUAACCCUCAUUGUAAAUACAGCACACAGUGAAAAUAUAACAUGAAUAUGACUGGGCAAAUGCAAACGCAGCAUGAGUUUAAAGCAUUCAAUUUACAUGGACCGACUGUCACACAGACAACACGCGAUCAUGCUUUAUAAAAAUGCACACUUCACAAGAUCUCACAGCUGGAUUUUGCAAGGUUUGUGAAAUUAAAUGUUCAUUAGUCAUUGAAAGACUUGUUUAAAUUAUAUAAAUGCAUAUUUGCUUAAUGCUGACGACAAACGAUAAAGUAUUUUAAUGUUUGCCUUUCUAUUACUAAAAGGCCUAAUAUAAUGUCAGUCAUUAUAAUACUUUCUGUAUACAUUAAUUUUUUUUUGUUGAACUGUUCGAUCUGAUUAUUAGACAGACUUCUAUCCGUGUUAGACAGAACUGUUAACGAUGAUGACAAACGAAGAGUGUGAGCACUGUGUGCGCUCAGGUGCUGCUGCUUUCACAGCAUUCAAAACAAAGGUCUGGCAUGCCGUCAGAAUAAAACUCUCGCCUUGAACACAUCGGCCAAGCAGAAAAAUUAAAGGCCUAUGUCGAUAUUUGAAAAAUGUCAAAAAACAAAUAUCGACCAAUAUAUCGGCCUUGGUGAUAUAUUGGUUGAACACUAGUUAUGUUGAUGUCAAUGCAGGGUCAGAAAGCUCUCGGAUUUCAUCAAAAAUACCUUCAUUUGUGUUCCGAAGGGUUAGUAAUUAAUGACAACAUUUCCAUUUUUGGGUGAACAGUCUUUAGUGUACCUUUAAUUUAAACCCCUUAAAUGGGUGUGUGCAGUCAACUUGCACCAACUUGGAUGUUUAUUAUAAGUAUUUUUUUGUAGUGUAGUGUCAGAGCAGCAUCGUUUACAGAGCCUGGUCAUCAACUCAAGGCAUGUACUGUAUGAUGGAGUUACCCCAAUGGUUUUUGAUUUAAGAAAGUGUGUAUUUAAAUACGAUUAGACUUCAUCUACGUGCUCAAGAUUUGAAAUUGAACUGGGCACAAGCAGUGCAGUACUUCACAAAUUACAACUUUAAAGACAAGUGAGCCUGUAAUAAACAGAUCGAAUAUAAUUAAGGUUUAGAACUGAAAUAGCAUGAAUAUACACCAGCAUGUGAAUCAGUUCAGCUGCUGGGCUCAAAACGUGGGAAUGACUCUGUACAGUUUUAAACCAGUUACUGAGUGCAUAUAAAUGGCUCUGUGGAAACAGAGAGAGAGGCUGGAUAAACAUGUCGUCGAUCACAAUGUAUCAUAUACAGUUGAUCAGACCUUCAUUUAAGGUCUGAUGUAGUUCUCAGCUUUAUGAAGGGGUUCAACUAGAGAUCAGCAUGUGGAGUGAGUCAUUAAUCAUGUAGGACUUCUUCCAGUUCACUGACAGUUUAGCAUCCUCCUGGGAUACAGCAGUUCAUCUGUAGAUAGUAUGCAUUUACAGUCAAGUCUAUACAUGUCCUCUUGAAGACUUAAAACUGAUCUGGCCAUGACAGAUUCCUCCCAUUGUUUUUAAAAAAUGUCUGUUUCACAGAAACAUCUACUUCAGCAAAAUAAAUAUUGCAUUGAAAUUAUUUCUUGGUCAAACAUCUGUAUAGACAAAACAAUGGAGCAGUAGAACAGUAGUUUUAUUUUAAAACUUCCACUGUUGUUCAAAAUGUACAGUAAAAAGCUUUAUUCUGUGAUCAAAGCUGAAUUUUCAGCAUCAUUACUCCAGUCUUCAGACUCAUGAUCCUUCAGAAAUCAUUCUAACAUGAUGAAACUCAAAAUUUCCUAGGAUAAAGUUCAAAAGAACAGCAUUUAUUUGAAAUAGAAAUAUUUUGUAACUUUCUUUAAAAAAAUCUUCUAAUAAUUUUCAACCGUUUAAAGUGUCCUUGCAUUAAAUAUAAAUUAUGUAUGUGUACAUUAACUAUUUUUAAUGCAUGAUUCAUUUUGUAAGUUGUCAAAAAUAGAAAUGCAUACAUCACAUCUAGUUGCGCCUUUUUUUGUAUUGCAAGUUGCAAAACAUCUGCUUCUUGCCUUAAUUUUUAAUGUAGGUGGGUCCUGAUGUCAACAACAAAAGGCAUGCAAUAAAUUCUUCUUUUGUUGUUGUUGUUGUUGAUUGAUUUUUCAUUUCAUGUCAUUGAAAAAUUUAAAACAUUACAAAAUCCUAAAACAAAAAAACACUUUUUGCUGGCUCUCGGGAGGAUGUGUUUGCGUCUAUGAAACACAUUGUCUUUGCUACACGAAAAAUAAAGGUUCUUAAAUGGAAUCAAUAGUUCCAUGAAGAACCUUUAACAUCCAGUAAACAUUUCUUAACAAUGGUCUUUUGAGAACUGUUAACUGAAAGGUUCUUUUGGGAGCAUUUGGAUGUAUGUUUUGACAUGAUGGGGGUCUAUCUGUCAUAAUGUCACCAGUGAUUUGACUGCUGCCACGCUCAGAUACAGCACCUUGCCAACACAUCCACCCAUACAUCACUGACUGAUAUACUGCAUUAGUUAAAAAUGUUCCAAUGCAAUACAGUCAUAUGUACAACCAUAUGUCAUAUAUGUGAAUAAAAGAACUUCAACACAA